AUGGCCCUCGAAAAGGACGUGGUGGUCGUUACUGGCUGUGGAGGCAUGGGCAUUGCCAUUGCACGCCGCGUGGGCAGCGGCUCCCUUAUCAUCCUGGCCGACUACUCACAAACUAUGCUGGAGAGGGCGGUCCACGCCCUUCGCGAAGAAGGCCACAGCGUGGAAGGUGUUCAGACAGACGUGGCUGACAUCAGCGCGGUCAAGAAGCUCGCGUUACACGCCGCUGGGCUUGGCUCGAUAAGGGUGGUCGUCCAUACAGCUGGCGUGGCCAUGAAUCAAGCUCCUCCCAGCCGAAUCUAUCACGUUAACCUACUUGGUACGGCGAAUCUGAUCGAGGCCUUCUACCCCUUAGCGACAGCCGGUACUUCUCUAGUCGCCAUAUCCAGCGCAGCCGGGCACCGCAUUCAGGGCUCCCUCUCCCCGGGUUUCGAACGACACCUUGCGACUGCCCCAUUGCAAACUUUGCUGCAGCAUCCCGACUUCCCUGCAGGAGCUUUUGACUCCGUGGCUGAGAGUACAGACCAGCGUUCCCGCACGAGUGCCUACGCGGUCUCAAAGCGAGCAAAUAUCCUGCGCGUCCAGGCGUCUGCGCCCUUGUGGGCAAGCAAAGGUGCCAGGAUCAAUUCGGUUAGUCCUGGGGUGGUGUUAUCCAACAUGAUGAAAGAGGAGCUGCAGGGGCCUGCGGCGUCUAUGCUUCGGGAGUCUAUUGACCGAACGCCUGCUGGGAGGAUGGGAACGACGGCCGACAUUGCGAAUGCGGUAGCAUUCCUGUGUUCCAGCGAUGCGGUGUUUGUCACGGGAAGCGAUCUAUUGGUUGAUGGAGGAUUGACGGGGUUAAAUCUUUGGGGUAAUGGGGGUUUGGACUCGUCUCCUAAGUCUAACAUAUAG